AUGGAAGAAUAUUCGAUCGCCAAAAAUAAAUCAUUUCUAAUGACUCCGGCUUUGGUACUUUUUAUUGAUGGACAAACUUCAAUUCCAUCCUUCUCACUUUCAAUUGUUUAUCUGAUAUUUUAUUUCAUCUCAACGAUUCUGGUUAUUUUUGCACUUCGAGUUUCGUUUAUCGUUGGAUCAUAUCAUUGGAAUCUCAAAAGACUUUAUUGUUGUAGUAUUUUAUCUUGGUUUUCAAUUGGAACCAGUAAACUAUUAGUGAUUUAUGCACAAUUAUAUCAUUUUGAUAACAAAAAUAGUAAGUUAAUCUUAAUAUUUUUCUCACGAGUCGAAAAACAACGAGUUUUUCUAGAAAUAUUCGAUGAAACUGGAGAUAUAAUAUUGCAUAUCAGUGCACUUCUUCGAUAUGAAUUUUGUUAUUUUUUCAUUGUGAAUUUAUUUUCGGUAAUUCUUGAAAGAUCAUUUGCCACAUUUUUCAUUCGAGAUUAUGAGAAAAAGAAACGCACGUGGAUUUUCUAUAUACUUUUCAUAUUUGGAUUCACUUUUUCGACAGUAUUUUCAUUUCUUACUGUAAUGCGAAUCAUAACAAUUUACAUGUUGGUUAUUUAUGUUCUCAGUUUUGCAUUUUCAACACUCAUCGGAUUCUCAUAUUUGGUUUUUCGAAAUUCUCGUCGAUUGAAGUAUCUAACAAAUUAUCAUCGAAAUACUGUUUAUACUUUAUCAAUCAAGUAUCAACUUCGAGAAAAUAUUAAUACUUUGAAAAGUAUGAAACAAUUAACAAUGGUAGCAGUCGGAGCUAUUUUCUGCGUCGCAACCGCUUAUAUUUUACCACUUUUGCUCAAUAUUCCAUCGAAACAAAUUUGGAUUUUUCAUACAUUUAUCGAUAUUUUUUAUCAUUUGUAAGAAAACAAUAUCAUAAGAGUACAGUAAUUUUUAAAAUAUCAUUUUUACAGUAACCCAUUGUAUAUGAUUCCGGCUUGUCUUCUAUCGAUCCCUCAGAAUUUAUUAUAUUUGAAAAAGUUAUUUGCUUCGAAAAAUGCUUCCAAACAAAACGAAACUAAAAAGUUUGCAAACGAAGGCGAUGUUUAUUUUAAUAUGUUUCAAAAAUCAAUGACUACAUCAAAAUCUAAACCUCUUCCUGCAAUUAUUCAAGUCAGACAGAAUUCAGGAACUAAAAUCAGUUGUGCUCCGUUUCGAUGA